GUGUGACCUCCUCGAAACUUGGCAGCUCCUUUAGUCUGGACGUUGAUGGCAGGACAAAGAGACGCCUGCACCAUGAGUGACGAGAUGGUAGAGAGGAGCUUGGAAGGACCCUCGGCACUCACUACAGACAAGACCUCCCAGAAAAGGGGAGACUUGGUGGAAAUAUUAAAUGGGGAGAAGGUAAAAUUUGACGACACAAGGCUUUCCCUAAUUCUUCAGAACGGCCUGGAGAGCCUCCGAGAGGAAAAUGCUUUGACAGAUGUCAUCUUGUGUGUGGACGUCCAGGAGUUUUCUUGCCAUCGUGUGGUGCUUGCUGCAGCCAGCAACUAUUUCAGGGCCAUGUUCUGCAGCGACUUAAAGGAGAAGUAUGAGAAGAGGAUCGUCAUUAAAGGGGUGGAUGCUGAGACCAUGCACACUCUCCUGAACUACACGUACACAAGCAAGGCUCUGAUCACCAAGCAGAAUGUUCAGCGGAUUCUGGAGGCUGCCAAUCUUUUCCAGUUUCUGCAGCUGGUGGACGCCUGUGCCAGCUUCCUCACAGAAGCCUUGAACCCAGAAAAUUGCAUUGGAAUACUGAGGCUGGCGGACACACACUCCUUGGACAGUUUAAAGAUGCAAGUUCAAAGUUACAUCAUUCAAAACUUCGUUCAGAUUCUGAACUCUGAGGAGUUCCUGGAACUUCCGGUGGAUACCUUGUAUCACAUCUUAAAGAGUGAUGACCUUUGUGUGACCGAGGAGGCUCAGGUGUUUGAGACGGUGAUGAGCUGGGUCCGGCACAAACAGUCAGAACGACUCUGCCUCCUCCCUUGUGUUCUCGAGAACGUGCGCUUACCGCUUCUGGACCCGUGGUACUUCGUGGAGAUGGUUGAAGCAGAUCCUCUCAUUAGACAGUGCCCUGAGGUCUUCCCACUGCUACAGGAAGCCAGGAUGUACCACCUUUCUGGCAAUGAGAUUAUUUCAGAGCGCACCAAGCCCAGGAUGCAUGAGUUCCAGUCUGAGGUGUUCAUGAUUAUUGGCGGCUGUACCAAAGAGGAACGAUUUGUGGCAGAGGUAACCUGCCUGGACCCCCUGAGGCGCAGUCGCCUGGAGGUGGCCAAGCUCCCACUGACAGAGCAUGAGCUGGAGAGUGAGAAUAAGAAGUGGGUGGAGUUUGCCUGUGUGACGUUAAAAAACGAGGUCUACAUCUCAGGUGGCAAAGAAACACAGCAUGAUGUUUGGAAAUAUAAUUCUUCAAUCAACAAAUGGAUUCAGAUAGAAUAUUUAAACAUAGGCCGCUGGAGGCAUAAGAUGGUUGUAUUGGGUGGCAAAGUCUAUGUAAUUGGGGGGUUUGAUGGCUUACAAAGGAUCAACAAUGUGGAGACUUAUGACCCCUUCCACAACUGCUGGUCAGAGGCCGCACCCCUCCUUGUCCAUGUCAGUUCCUUUGCGGCUGCUAGCCACAAGAAGAAGCUGUAUGUCAUUGGAGGAGGACCCAAUGGGAAGCUGGCCACAGACAAGACUCAGUGUUAUGAUCCUUCGACCAAUAAAUGGGUUUUGAAGUCGGCCAUGCCAGUAGAGGCUAAAUGCAUCAAUGCAGUGAGUUUCCAGGAUCACAUCUAUGUUGUUGGCGGUGCCAUGCGAGCGCUCUAUGCCUACAGCCCUCUGGAGGACAGCUGGUGCCUGGUGACGCAGCUCAGUCACGAGCGGGCCAGCUGUGGCAUCGCGCCCUGCAACAACAAGCUCUACAUCACCGGCGGGAGGGACGAGAAGAACGAGGUCAUCGCCACAGUGCUCUGCUGGGACCCCGAGGCUCAGAAGCUGACGGAGGAAUGUGUCCUGCCGCGCGGCGUGUCCCACCACGGCAGCGUCACUAUCAGGAAGUCGUAUACCCACAUCCGGCGGGUUGUGCCUGGGGCCGUGUCUGUGUGACUGCCAGGGGGACCCAAGAAGGUGCCCUCGGAGCCUCUGAGCGCUGAUUCUGCACCCUAGCUCGUGCAGGUUCCUUGUGAGCCUUAGGCUUGGCUUGGAUUCGGCACCCUAGCUCGCUCAGGUCCCCUGUGAGCCUUAGGCUUGGCUUGGGUUUAAGGCUUAUCGUAGGGGGCACCUUAUGAGACCAGCCGGGAAUGCUUGUGUGACCUACCUCAGGAUGAAGGGUAAUGUUUAACAUUCCAUACAUGCCUACCCGCCCUGGCCUGUGCCAGCCACUCAUCCAUGGUAAUUCGCUGAACUGUGGUAAUGACCUGCUGCCGGAUAGUGUCACGCCUGUCUUAGAGGUGAAGAAAAGGAAUUUCAGACAGGCCAGCUUUCACCAGGUCACUCAGAGAGCAAGCCGCUAAGCCAGCCAGAAUAAACCCAGGUCUUUCCAUGUCUGUCGGUGUCUCUCACACGACAUGGCUUAACUUGGGAAAACUGAAAGCCAACCCCAAACUUGGCUGGUGUCUCCUUCUGGCAAUGUGACUGAAGACAAGGGAAUAAAUGAGUUUUUCUGUGCUGUC